AUGGGUUCUAUUGAAUCGACAAAGAUCGGAGAGAUCGAAACACGGCUAUUCAUUAAUGGAAAGUUUGUGGAAUCCUCUGACAAGCGCACGUUUGACUUGACAUCGCCAGUUACAAAUGAAAAAUUCGCCAAAGUGUACGAAGCGAGUGAAGAUGACACAAACGCAGCAGUAGCAGCAGCAAAGGCAGCCUUUCCGGCGUGGUCUGCGCUUUCCCCACCUCAGAGAGGAGCCUACUUCAAGAAAUUGGCUUCCUUGAUUCUUGAAUCGCACGACGAACUUGCUCAACUAGAAGCCAUGUCUAUGGGUCGCCCUGUCUCAGGCUAUUUCGACUCCUAUGCAGCAGCAAGCACCUUUGACUUCUUCGCUGAGAACGGCUAUCAGGCCCUAGGAGCAUCAAGCCUUAAUACCCCUGGUUAUGUCAACAUGACUGUUCGUCAGCCCUUCGGAGUUGUCGCUGCGAUCAUUCCUUGGAAUGUUCCGAUUUUGUUCCUCGCGGGCAAGUCUGCCCCUGCCUUGAUUGCAGGAAACACUGUGGUGAUUAAGAGUAGCGAAAAGGCCCCUUUGACUUCCACCAAAGUUGCUACGCUUGUGGAGAAGGCCGGCUUCCCCCCGGGUGUGAUCAACAUCAUUUCGGGACAUGGACAAAUCUCAGGAAAUGUUCUAUCCCAUCACAUGGAUGUUCGUGUGUUGAGCUUCACGGGAUCAGGAAGAACCGGCCGUUUGAUUCAGGCUGCUUCUGCCGAAUCCAACAUGAAGAAUGUAAUUUUGGAACUCGGUGGAAAAUCCCCAGCAAUUAUCUUCCCCGACGCGGACAUUGAACACGCUGUUGAGGAAACGAAGCAUAGCAUACAGUGGAAUAGCGGUCAGGUCUGCAUGGCAAACUCGAGAAUAUAUGUGCACGAAUCGAUCGCAUCAAACUUUAUCGAGUUGUUCAACAAGCGAUUUGCUGACGUUGCAAUUGGUGAUCCGCUUCUCCCUGACUCGAACCAUGGACCACAGGCAGACGAAGUGCAAUUCAAGCAGGUCCAGGCUUAUAUCGAAAGUGGAAAGAAAGCCGGUAAAAUGUCCUUGGGAGCAGAGACGAUCGAUCAACAAGGAUUCUUUAUCCGACCCACGGUGUUCCUAGAUACAAAAGAGGACGCAAAAGUGAUGAAAGAGGAGAUAUUUGGACCUGUGGUUAAUAUCAACACCUUCCAAGAUGAAGACGAUGUGGUUGCAAAGGCAAACGACACCGACUUUGGCCUUUACGCUGCAGUUUACACAAAGGACAUCCAUCGUGCCUUGAGAAUAGCCAAGAAACUGGAGUCUGGAACUGUUGGAGUUAACUGCACUAGCCCAACUUCCGCUCACGAUAUGCCAUUUGGAGGAUAUAAGAGCAGUGGGCUCGGCCGGGAGGGAUGGACUGUUAGUCUUAACAACUUCCUUGAGACGAAGACCAUUUUGAUGAAGGUUAAUGAUGCUUGA